AUGGAACCUGUCCUUUGCAAGAAGAAGUCAUGCUCGCAUAACAGGGCUGUAGCUGAUGAGGCACAAUGCAAUUGCACUUGUUCUCCGCUUGCUUUAUUUUCUUCAUCUCCACCUCCUCCUCCUUCUUCUUGUCCUUUCUUUUCUCUUCUUUCCUUUUUUGAUUGGACCACGGCGUAUGAGGAUCAUAUCGGUUUGCUACAAUUGACGAAUGGAUACCCCGAUCUUGAUGAAGUAUUUGGAAGCACGUAA